UUCUCCGAAGCUUGAUUUCCUUGGGAAUUGUGACGAGCCCAAAUAGGCUAGCUAAACCUCGACUGCAAGAACUUGAUAAGAUACAUAUAGCUGAAAAAUACGAGUGAAUGCUGGGAUAACGUCUUGAAAGCUUUAAUUUCCAUAUUGUUGGAUGGGGCGUAAGUCACAUUUGUCGUAGAUUAUUCUACAGUCUUUUGUAUACAUAAACACAUUUGUAUGGAUGUACAGAACCAUAGUUUCUCGCUUCGGUAUCCGAUCUGCGGCCUUCGUCAGUGCUGAAUGGCAGCUGUCAUUGUGAUUAUAUAUGUGUAUGCUAAAAACAAUUCACAGAGCUUUCCGGUACCAUUCAAUCUUUUAGAUUCCAAGUUUCGGAUAGGCUUUCGUGCUGUGUGUAUUUGGUAAGACGACCAAUGUUGAGAAAGUCAGUACAUCAACGAACAAACCAAGCGUAAUUUGAGGUGAAAGUUGAAACAAUUCAAUAUACAUGAUUACAGAUCAGUCUUCAAAUUGAAAGUAACACGCUAUUAUGUACAUGAGAGUAACAGACGGCAUAUUGUCCCCAGAAGACCUCAAAAUGGGGUCAUCCAAUAACGAAACACAUGGAAAGGAAACCUGGCCACAGACAGCAGCGACGCCUACCGUUUCCACUUGGAACGACACCAAGGACGACGUCCUGACCGCCAUGGCCUGGGACAACAUCACCGGCAACUGGACCACCGAGUCGCCGGCGGCGGCGGAGCUCGUCUUCGGGCUGGACGCGUGGCUCGUCCCGAUGAUUUUCGUCGCCCUCGCGUUGAUCGGGCUGGUGGGGAACUCUCUGGUCAUCCACGUCAUCCUGCGCGACAAGGCGAUGCACACCGCCACCAACUACUUCAUCCUGAGCCUAGCCGUCACGGACCUGACGUUCAUCGCCUUCUCCGUGCCCUUCACCGCCAGCACGUACUUCCUACCAAGCUGGGUCUUCGGGGAGUUCAUGUGCAAGUUCGUCAUGUACAUGAAUCAGGUGACGGUGACGGCCACGUGCAUCACGCUGGCCGCCAUGACAGUGGACCGGUGCGUCUCCAUCACCCGGCCCCUCGCCUCCCACCGCUGGAGGACCCCCCGCAUGGCUAAAGUCGUCAGCGUCUGCAUCUGGCUCGCCUCGCUCCUUACCUCCGUGCCGGUGGCCAUCUACGCGCGGCUGGAAGACUACUACUGGGCGGGCCCGCAGGUGUACUGUGCCGAGUUCUACCCGUCAUGGGCCUGGGCAGCAGGCUACGCCACCUGGUCCUUCAUCGCAGCCUAUCUCCUCCCGGUGGUUAUCCUCACGGCGUGUUGUGGUUGGAUGGUCCGGCAGCUCUGGGGCACCCCCGUCCCAGGUAACAUCAAGGUGGCCACUCUUGGAUACCCCGUCAAGAAUUCGAACACACCCCGUGCCUCGCUGACGCAGCAGAAGCGGGCCAGCCUGACCGUGGUGAUGGUGGUGCUGCUGUUUGCGAUUUGCUGGGGGCCAAGUCAGUUCCUGAACAUGGUCCGUAGUUACCACCCAGACUUCCCCUUUACCAUGACGACCUACUGCGUCAAGAUCUGGGCACACUGCAUGACGUACGCCAACUCCUCCGUCAACCCGUUCGUCUACGCCUGGCUGUGUGGGAACUUCCGCAAGUCAUUUCAAAAGAUGCUGCCUAGAUGUUUGAAGAAGUCGCCGGAGCCCCCCUCCCUCUUCCUGACAUCAACCAUGGUUGCUAAGAACUGGAGCUCCAUCAUGGCGUGUGGAGAGGACAACGGCUGUGCACGGCGUUAACAUUAUACCAUAGAGCGUAUCUAUGUAAUAUCAUCAGUGCGUCCACUUAGCCUGAGUACCAUCCUCCGCAGUGACCGCUGGCUCAAUUGUUUCGCUUGGGCCGCUGACCACGGUUUAAUAGCAAGCGAAAGUAUUGAGACAGCGAUCACUACGGAGGAGGGUACUCAGGCUAACAGACGCUGUGAAGAGGCACUGUUUGCGGAACACCUAGUCUGUCAAGAAAUAUCAGUCUCACGAGAGUCAAUGAAAUUAGGCUGCUUUCAUACUACGUGUAUACAGAAGUCUACUGGUCGUAUCAACGCUCAAAUCAUUUUCUUUAGUCUAUUUCCGUUCUCCUCUUGACUCUUGUGAGGAAACUAACUAUUUGUAUUUGAUCUAAAAGAUUUUAUACGAUGUCGUCUUGAACCGCGAAAGGUGGAUUAUGAAGUUCUGAUCUGUGACAUACUUACCUCUUCUUGCCUCUACGCGCCACCUGGAAAGAAUAACUAGCUUGCUCUAUGUAUACUACUCAUGUUGAAUGCUUAUCGUCUGCAUCGAGCGAAAAAAGGCAAAAGUUGAAAUGUAAUGAAAGAAUAUGGGGCUAAUUUUCUUACCAUUUACAAUUGUUUGUUUUAGCUAUGAUCUUCUCCUAUAUCGCCAUACCGUGUAAUGUAUUUUAUAGUGCCGUACAUUGCACGAUGUACUACG